GAGGGAGAGGGCCCUGCCUUCCUUCCGAAACAACACGGAGGGGGAGGGGUGGGAGCCCAAGCAAAUCCCCCCACCGUGGGCGUAGGAAGAGAGGAGAGGAGAGGAGAGGAACCAUCCCAAAACCAAGAGCAGGCAGCAGCUCGUUCAUCUCGUGACUGCUGGCCUGCCGCCUCAGCGACCACAUCCAUCCAUUCCCCCAUCCACCAAGCCAUUUCCUUCCCCACCCUCGCCCGCGGCGGCGGCGGCUCCCCCCUUCGAGUUCGGCCGACGCAUCGCAGGAAUGGGGCAGAUGGGGGGUCCCGACGGCGACGGACGCGGCGGCGCCCACCCCCACCACCAGUACCAGGCGCUCCUCGCCGCGGUGCAGAACCCCGCCCAGGGCCUGCACCACUUUCCCCUCCCCUUCCACGUCCCGCUACACCAAGGACCACCCGCCGCCGGGCCAGGGCCAGCAGCUGAUACAGCCGCCUCCACGCACAAUGCUGCUCCCCACUCUCAGCACCCAAGAGGGCUUGCCGACUGGAGCGAUUCCAGCAGCAGUGCCUUCGCGUCUGUUUCCGCGCAGCCAGCCCCUGCUACCACCAACGCACCACCCGUCCCUUACAACCUCUCCCAGUCUUACGCGCUAUGGUCCCAUUACAUGCUUAACAAGAACGCCGUGCCCUACUCUUCUUAUCCUGCACCACAUGAGGAGAACCCCCACCCACUGCGCCAUACUCACAUCCCACCGCACAAGGAUCCAGGUUCUACAUAUUCUAUGGAAACAGCAGGUUCUGCAUCCAGCCUUGGGUUUGACUCUUUCACUACAAUGUCCCUUGGACCAAACAUAUGCGCCCACAUGUCUGCCAUGGAAGCAUCUCUACCUGCCAAAGAAGCUGAGAAUUCAGAGGAUUUGCCUACAGUGGUUAGAAACAGUGACGAAAUGGACACUAUAAACAGUGAGGAAGUCCAUCAUGACACAGCUGCCACUAUCCCUGAGUCGAAGCCUAGUCAUGAAAGCUGCACCACGAAGUUCAACUCUGGAGAGUACCAAGUCGUUUUGCGCAAAGAGUUGACAAAGAGCGAUGUUGCAAAUGUCGGGCGAAUUGUGCUUCCCAAGAAGGAUGCUGAGGCUAGUCUUCCACCAUUGGUGCAAGGUGAUCCUCUGAUACUGCAGAUGGAUGACAUGGUGCUUCCUGUCACAUGGAAAUUUAAGUAUAGAUUCUGGCCAAACAACAAAAGCAGAAUGUAUAUUCUGGAAGCUGCAGGUGAAUUUGUGAAGACACAUGGUCUCCAGGCAGGGGAUGCGCUCAUUAUCUACAAGAACUCCGUGCCCGGCAAAUUUAUUAUCCGUGCGGAGAAGGCCAUUCAGCAGACAAACCCCUAAACCCAACUUGAUGAUGUGGGUGUAGCAGCGCCAAAAAUGGCUUUUGAGGAUAUGAAUUCACCAUAAGUUCAGAACUGAAGGCAUUAUCAACUUUCAUGACUGGGUUACCAUCACAAGAUGAUUAGUCUAACUUGUUGAUUCCUGGUGGAUGGAGACGAGAAAUUUUGGGAGAACAUUGGAAGUGCUGCCAAUGAGCCUACAUCUGAGCAGGACAAGUAGUUUGCAAAAAAAAAAUUUCCCUUCUAAUUCGGUUGUAUUUGGAUGCUCGAGUUCUGCAUUGCAUUCUGAACAACAUUCGCAGUUCUUUUUUCUUGUAAAUAUUUUGAACCUAUAAGAUAAAGGAAGUGGUCUGGAACUUGCAUA